UUGAGUCUUGUAUAAAACGAACUGAAACGGACAGGUACAAAACUGGACAGGAGAUGUCUUCGCCAAGACGUUACCUCGGCUGUACAAAUGGCCACAGCUUUUCACAUGCACCGUCAUUUGCAAAACGCUCUCAAGAUUGUUCUUGUUGGCGACUCUGGAGUGGGUAAGACAUGGCUGCUUUCGCGAGCACAAGAACUUUACGCGACCUUUUCCGAUGAUGGCUAUAGCCUGUUCAAAAAGCCCUUCGAGCCUUCCAAAGUGUAUUCACCUACAGUUUUUGAGACGUAUUUCACGAAUGUCGACACUGAAUGCCUCGGGAAUUAUCAGACAAAUCUCUGGGAUACCGGAGGCUGGUGGAUCUUCAAUUCUGUCAGACCUCUGACUUACGUUGGAGCUGAUGUGUUUAUGCUGUGUUUCGACGUCACAAAUCCCGAAUCGUUUAACAACAUAACAAAAUGUUGGCUACCUGAAGUUCAGAAGUAUCAACCAGGUAUACCAGUACUUUUUGUUGGAACAAAGUCUGAUCUACGAGCUGAAAAUGAAAGGGGUGGAUCUAUUAAGUUUGUCUCAGUUUCUGAAGCAGAAGCUGUGGCACAGAUGAUGGGCUCCCUGUACCAAGAAACAAGUGCACAGACUGGUGAACAUGUGGACAAAGCUUUUGAUUCUGCUGUCAAGCUGGCUCAUACUAACAGACAAGGGGGCCAUGCAAACUUAAGCAAAUUUAGACGGUUCAAUAAAUUUGACUCAGCGUGGCUUCCACCAAUCAGUUCCCCUCCGAAAUUUAAAGCUGAUCAAUCAACGCACGCCAAAGAUUUCAAGGAAAUCCUAAAGGAUGUCAAAAACGCUGAUGUUCUCUUUACAUUUGAAGAUGGGAGUGAGAGCAUUUCUGCCCACCGGAUUGUGCUGUGGCUACAGCAGUCAGCUUUUAAAGAUGUUAUUUGUGACAAAGAUGCACACACCUUAAGAAAAUUUAAGGAUAUUUUUGAGGUUAAAAACAUGUCUGCUGAUAUUUGUCGGCAAGCACAAAAUGACCCUGUUUACUCAAAAGCCUUCUCUCAAAGUAUGAUAUAUAUACUUUUGAAGAACUGGAUUUCCCGUGAAACCUUCAUUGAAAUUCUAGAGUUCUUAUAUUCGGGUGAGGUAGGAAUUUCAGAGGAGAGUGAAUGUGACAGGAUUAAAGAACUUUUGACCGCAGCAGAGAAACUGAAAGUUUCCCCAUUAGUGGAUAUUUGUAAUUAUUUACUUAAACUCAAGGGUGACAAGAAGACAACUGAAACAAAGAAAAAAACUAUUGGUCAACCCACGCCACCACUGAUAUCCGUAUGUGAUCUGUUUUUGGACAAGAAAGCAACUCCAUUUUCUGAUGUGGUAUUUGUUGUGGAAGGCAAACUGGUAUUUGCUCAUAAGGCAGUACUGAAAGCAAGAUCACCUGUUCUGGCUGCUCUACUUGGUGGAAACUUCAGAGAAGGAAAAAGUUCGCAGAUCCCUUUGCUUGGAGUUGAUUUCCAAAGCUUUUUAGCUGUACUGGAGUACCUGUACACUGACCAGUGUUCCACCCUGGACAAGAUUCCUGUUGAGAACGUACUUGUUCUUGCAGAUCGCUUGUGUCUGCCGCACCUGGUACAGAUUUGUGAAGAUGAAAUGCAUAAAGGAUUACAGCAGAUAAUUCAAACCCAAAUCAGUGAAAAUAUCGCCAAGGAAUGGCUGGAUGUGCUGGCUUUCUCCAAAAUGUUUAAUGCAAAGCAGUUAACAGAGUGGUGCCUCUACGUCAUUGCCUUAAACUUCACAAGAUUUGAAGGACUUGGUAAAGAGCUGGAUUUGGUUGUUAAUGAAAACAGUCAGUUCUUUGAAAAACACACCAGGCCACUUCAGGGUUAUUUGAGAACUCUUGAAUCUAAAGACAAGUGGAUUUCACUGAACCAAAGACAACUGCACCGGAAAGCAAAAUCUUGUUUGCCUCACAAGUGUACCAUCUUAUAGGAGUAUCAACAUACAAUAAGACAUUAUUAAGACAGCAUUGAAUGUUGUUGAACACUAAUACUUGCUCUUGCUAAUAUUUGAAAUACAGUGGAAUUCCAAUUUUUCAAACCUCUAAGGGAAACGGAAAAUGGGGUAAUUAGAGAAAUUGGGGGUAAAUUACGGUGUUUGAUUGAGGAAAGGAAAAGACUUUUGGUUUGAGUUAUCGGGAUGUUUGAAAAAUUGCCAGGGUUUAAAAAACUGGGAAUCAACUGUGCCUGAAAAUUCUUAUAUGUGAUAGUGUUGCUCAUAGAAAAUCAUAACUAUAUUUUUAAAAAAUGAAAUGUUAUUUUUGUAUGCAGUAUUUUAUUUCGCUAAAGAAAGUCAAUUUAAGAUCUUGAGAUUGUAAAAAGUGCUCAAUAACAAUCCUUGACAUUUCAGAAAGACCAAAUCGCUGAAUUUAGUUCUAAUGAAAAAACAUAUUUUUGUACAUAUUGUAGAAAGUAAAAUCUUUUUAUUACAGAUUUAGUAUUUCGGAUAUUUUUAUUUGAAGCAGCAAUAUUUCUUUUUAAAUCCAUUGAUCAAAUAGUAAUUAGCCAUUUUUUAAAGUGCAGCCUAAAUAAUAACUCAGUGUUUGUCUUUGUUUUGUUUAGCUUAUGGGACUUGUGAUCAUCAGGAUCAUUCAAAAUGUUCAUAAAUUGUAUAGUACUACCCCAGUAGUUAGUUCUAAUGAAAAAGUUAUUAUUUUCAAUAAAUCUCACCACAUGCAUUGCUGA